AAAUCCCAUGAAAAUGAGCAAAAAUGCAGAGGAAAAGAAAGAUGGGUUACAAAUAAAGAGAUAACAAAGCGGGAGAGGACAGGAAAAAAAAAGUGUGAAAGAAAGAAAAAUGGUGGGGGCCUCUUCUUUGCAACCGAGGAUGAUCUCUUCUUUUGUUGGUGAUCGUUUAGUUCAAUCAAGACAGCCUCUUUCUCAACUAUUUAAUUACAACCCAGGUUGUAAGCAUGUGUCAAUGCAAUCAUCUAGAACGUUCUCUGGCUUAACCAAUCUCUUAUUCAAUAGAAGGUGCAAUUUGGAGGAAGUGCCAAACAGCAAGCGCAAACGUCUGAGACCUGGCAAGAUAUCUCCUCGUCGACUUGUUCCAAAUCAUAUACAAAGGCCACCUUAUGUCAAAACUCGGAUGGCGCCUGGAAUUGCCAGUGGACAUGAAGUGCAUGAUCUAAAGGGCAUAGAAUGCAUGAGAGCUUCGGGAAGGCUUGCAGCACAGGUUCUCAAUUAUGCCGGGACCUUAGUGAAGCCAGGCAUAACAACUGAUGAAAUUGACCAAGCAGUUCAUCAAAUGAUUAUCGAUAAUGGAGCAUAUCCUUCACCUCUUGGCUAUGGUGGAUUUCCAAAAAGUGUUUGCACAUCAGUGAAUGAAUGCAUUUGCCAUGGAAUACCAGAUUCUUGUCCACUUGAGGAUGGUGAUAUAAUCAAUAUUGAUGUCACAGUGUAUCUAAAUGGUUAUCAUGGUGAUACAUCAGCAACUUUCUUUUGUGGAGAUGUUGAUGAGGAAGCAAGUAACCUUGUGAAGGUAACCAAAGAAUGCCUGGAUAAAGCAAUAUCAAUAUGUGCACCAGGAGUGGAGUUCAAGAAAAUCGGCAAAACAAUUCAUGACCAUGCAGACAAAUUUCGUUAUGGUGUUGUCCGGCAAUUUGUUGGCCAUGGGGUUGGACGGGUUUUUCACGCUGAUCCUGUUGUUCUACACUUCAGGAACAAUGGUGGUGGAUGCAUGGUCUUGAACCAGACUUUCACUAUCGAACCAAUGCUAACGAUAGGCAGCAUUAAUCCAGUAAUGUGGGAUGAUAACUGGACAGUGAUCACAGCAGAUGGGAGCCUGUCAGCACAGUUCGAGCACACUAUUCUUAUAACCGAACACGGGGCUGAAAUAUUGACCCACUGUGAAGAUUGAAUUGAUAUUGCACCAUGCAGCAAGCACCGGCACAUCCAUCCAUUUUGGAAUUUUUAUCAUCCACAUUUGCUUGACGUGCCUCUUCCAAACCAAAAUUUUCACACAGGAGAAGGCACUCCAUUGUUGUGUUGUUAAAACUCUAACAUGCAUAUGUAAUAUCGUCUUCUACAAGGUAAUUUUUACCUUCCUUUAUGAGGCUGCAGAUGAAAAAUUAAUUUCAUCAUGCCAAGUACUUGGUUUUGUUAUGUAAUUUAUAUUAUUUUUCCUGUUUAUUCCGUUAAAAACCCUUGAUGAAUACAACUGUAAAUCAACCAACUAGUUAUUCUUUUUCAUGAUUUAUCAAUGAAAUCAAUCUCUCAAGUGAUUAUAGUUUU